AUGUUCCCCAAUGACGAGCAGGAGAACGAACGACUGGACAUCCACCAUGCCCUCAUCGACACCCUCUUGCAUGGCCGGCUCCAUAUAGCCCCUAUCAGCAAGGAUCCCCAGCGGGUGCUCGAUUUAUGCACCGGAACCGGCAUAGUACGUGCUUCCACCUACAUGUCUUACAAUCAGUUAUUUGCUUUUACUAACCCGUCAUCACAGUGGGCUAUCUCAUUCGGUAAUAUCACACCCCUCCCCCCCCUGAGUAAUGGCUCUGGCUAUGGGCUAACAGGACUCUCUAUCAAGCCGAUGAAUACCCAUCAGCUGAGGGAACGAUCUAAGCCCUACUCAACCUUCUCUGUAUGCAUAUCUAUACCCACUCCUUCGUCAAUAUCUCGCUUACAUGCAGACAGCGUGCCCCCGAAUCUGAAAUUCAUCGUUGACGACGUCGAGGAUGAAUGGGGCUACGAAGGCAGUCCCUUCGACUACAUCCACGGCCGCUUCCUGAUUGCAUCCAUCAGAGACUGGCCCAGGCUAAUAAAGCAGGCCUUUACCCCCCGUCUAACUAAACAAACAUCAAGUUGUACGAAACCCGGAGGAUGGGUCGAGUUCCAGGACUGGGACGGCACUAUCCGCAGCGAUGACGAUACCUUAAAGGGAACCCACCUAUUCCAGCUGCAGGAAACAGUUAAAGAGGCGUUUAUCGAGAUGGGCAUCAACGCGAACCCAGGUGCUGAAUGCGGUAGCUGGCUCAAGGACGCCGGGUUCAUUAACAUCACCACCCAGGAUAAACACUUGAAGACUGUAGGUGCGUAUAACUUGCUUCAACACACCAAGGGACUAGGGGGUAUUGCCAAUCUGCCUUUGAUCAAAAAGGGCUGGCAACCAGAGGAGAUCGAGGUCCUUUUGUCAAAAACGCGGGAAGAUCUAAGGAACCGUUCCAUUCAUGCGUAUUUCAAUUUGUAG